CCGUACACCACAUCCCGAAAAUAAUGAGAAAAUAGCUGGUGCCUAGUGGGAGUGAUAGGAGGGGCGAGAAGGCAGCGAUGAGCGGGGGUAGCUCAACAGACGAAUUCUCAGUGUUAGUGUUGGCAUCAGAUUUAGGUGUAGAUGCCCGUCCCUUUUUGUCCACUCAGAACCACGACGAAGAACAAGAGAGUUGGCAUGAUUGCGCUCAGCAUCUUUCAUCCGACGAAGAUUUCUCCGAUCUUGAUCUUUUACACUUCUUUCGUCUUGAAGGUUCUGACAAUUGCGGUAACCGGAUUUUCCGUAUCGUUGGCAAAUAUUAUCCUGCAACAAUUGUGAGUGCUGAACGGCUGAAGAGGUAUGUUUACCACAAGAUACGCAGUGAAUUGCCAGAUGGUCCAUUUUGCAUCGUUUAUAUGCACAGCACUGUUCAAAAGGAGGAUAAUUCUCCAGGCGUAACUAUCUUGAGGUGGAUUUAUGAAGAAAUGCCUAGCGACAUCAAGGACAGGCUUCAAACUGUAUAUUUUGUGCACCCUGGGCUUCGUUCAAGGCUAGUCAUUGCUACCCUUGGCCGGUUUUUCUUAAGUGGAGGAUUAUACUGGAAGAUCAAGUAUGUGAGCCGUCUUCAAUACCUUUGGGAUGACAUAAAGAAAGGACAGGUUGAGAUACCCGAAUUUGUGAAAGGCCAUGAUGAUGUCCUGGAGCAUAGGCCACUCACAGAUUAUGGCAUUGAACCAGAUCCCUUUCACAUGAAUGAGAUGCCCUCAUCGGCAUGCUCAUUUGGGAAAUACGAGGGUAGAUGGUCAUCAAGGGAUUAUGGAUCUUAGCAUGUUUAUCAACUAUCAUAUAGUUAACUCAAUAAUCUCAUGCCUAGUUUUGUACAUAUUAUAUUUCAGAUUCUGCUCUGGAAGUUCAUCUGUCAAUUAACAAGGCUUUGGUUCUUGGCCAUGUGUGGCGAAAAUUAUUGUAUGAACAAGUUCAAAAUAUUAUUCGUUAGCUAUGCUUUCCGCCAUGUUUGGAUCACACAAGUUCAAAAUUUUUGUAUGAAUGGCAGCAGCAUAAAGUCCCAUCCCUUUUA